AUGUUGAGAAGAGCGACUACGACCAAACCAAAACUUGCAAAGCUUGUCAGAUUCAAUUCAACUGCUGCCAAAUACUUCCCAUCGGAGCCGCAGGCUCCAACAAUCACCACUGAAUCCAUCCCCGGUCCCAAAUCCAUCGCCAUAAACAAGGAGUUGGGUACUGUGUUUGACAAUGGAGCCACUUAUUUCGUAGCUGACUAUUUCAAAUCAUUAGGUAACUACAUCAGCGAUGCCGAUGGCAACAAGUUGCUUGAUGUGUAUUGUCAAAUAUCAUCCAUUGCCUUGGGUUACAACAAUCCAAAAUUGAUUGAGGCUGCCAAAUCAGAUGAAAUGACAUCGGCAAUUGUUAAUCGUCCGGCGUUGGCGUGUUUCCCACUGACAAAUUACAAGGAUAUACUUGAGGAAGGAUUGUUGGCUGCUGCACCUUCAGGGAUGAAUAAGAUUUGGACAUCGUUGAGUGGAUCCGAUGCGAAUGAAACUGCAUACAAGGCGGCGUUCAUGUACCAACAUGCAAAAUUGAGACAAUUGGAUUCAUUUACCGAGGAGGAGUUGAGUAGUGUUAUGAAUAACGAAACUCCUGGUGCGUCAGAUAUGGUGAUUUUGUCAUUCGAUAAGGGGUUCCAUGGAAGAUUAUUUGGCUCAUUAUCAACAACUAGAUCAAAAGCAAUUCAUAAAUUGGAUAUUCCUGCGUUUCCUUGGCCCAAGGCACCAUUCCCCGAAUUGAAGUAUCCCUUGAAUGAAUUUGAAGCUGAGAAUAGAGAAGAGGAGGAACGAUGCUUGUAUCAAUUUGAAUCCAUCAUUGAAAAUUCACCAAAACAAAUUGCCGCGAUAAUCGUUGAGCCAGUUCAAUCAGAAGGUGGAGAUAAUCAUGCAACACCAUUUUUCUUUCAAGGAUUGAGAGACUUGACCAAGAGACAUGGAAUAUUGAUGAUUGUUGAUGAAGUUCAAACUGGUGUUGGAGCAACUGGUAAAUUCUGGGCACAUCAACACUGGAACUUGUCGUCGCCACCCGACAUGGUUACAUUUUCCAAAAAAUUCCAAGCUGCUGGGUUUUAUUUCAGUAAUCCGGAAUUACAACCAAAUCAACCGUAUAGACAAUUUAACACUUGGUGUGGAGAUCCAUCCAAAGCCAUUUUGGCAAAAGCCAUCUACAAGGAGAUUGCUGCAUCUGAUUUGGUGUCGCGUACAGCUCAAGUCGGUAACUACUUGUAUCAAGGCUUGCAAACACUUGUUGGCAAGUCCAAUGGUAAAUUUACCAAUUUGAGAGGUGAAAACUUUGGUACGUUUAUUGCGUGGGAUUGUCUUGAUGCAAAUUUGAGAAAUAAGGUGUUGGCUGGUGUUAGAAGUCGUGGAGUGAAUAUGGGUGGAUGUGGAGACGUUUCAAUUAGAUUGAGACCUACGUUGUUGUUUGAAAAGAAACACGCUGAUGUGUUUUUGAAUGUGUUGGAAGAUACAAUCAAGAGUUUGUAA